AUGAAAUCUAUGGUAAGUUCCACCCAGAUUAGAGUCUUCCUGGCCGCUCUGGACAUCGCGGCUCCACGCGUCGCCUCCAGGGCAUCCUUGCCUGCAGACGCAAAUGUUUCCAGCCUUCAGCUCGAAGAGUCGGGCGAGGAGAAUGUGGUACUUUCACUUCUGAUGGGCACCCGCCUGCACGCCUGCGUGAUCCACGUGGCCUCUGACCUGACUGUUCAGAUCGUCAGCUGCGCAGAUGGGCCCGAGGCGACCAGCUGCCAGCUGAUCUCCUUGCCAGGUAGUGGAUUUCAGAUGUUCUUCAUCUCAACCAAUGGCCCUGGCCUCAGCUGCGAGAGCCAGCGGAAGGAGACCCUGUGA